AUGAGCACAAAAAGCCCUAUCAAGAAGAUCGUCAAGGAUGAGCAUUCGAGUUCAUUGAACAAGGCUAACACGGCCCAAAAGAAUGGCGGUAUGAGUAUCAAAAACGAAGGUUCAGAGGAGCCUGACCACACACUUCUUUCAGAUCCGGAGGACUACCUCGAAGAGAAUGAGUCUCUAGAUAUGAACUUAACUCAUGGAGGUCAGAAGGUGUGGCUAGUCAAGCUACCUAGGUAUUUGGCGGAGAAGUGGACCAAAAGGGAGUCGUUGCAUGGACAACAAUUGGGGCAUGUCAAAAUCAGACAAAACAACAACGGUGGAGAUAGCUCUGGUGGCACACCCACUGGCGGAAGUGACCAGAAAAAGAAGCUUGAGGUGAAGCUCGUUCUCAAUGACCUGGAACACAACCAAGAUAUUCCUCGCGAGUACGACUUAUCUAUCCUCAACACACAAGUUCACAAUUCAUACGUCUUCAGUGAAGAAAAUCUAAAAAGAUUCAGACAGGAAGUCACGGAAAUGGGCGAUAUGCCUGAUCAACCACAACUCAAAGACCUCGACCCGGAUGAGAGUUUGAGGCCGGCAAAAUAUUAUAGAGUGGAGAAGAAUGGACCAGACGGAGAGGCCCAGCUGCAAGCCGUACCUUUUGUUAAAACUAUACCCAAAAAAACCAAUCUUGUUGGCAAGAUCGUCCAUGACUGCCAAAUCGUUCCAUCUAAGUCAGACUCGAAAUAUGCACAAAUGUUGAUGAAACGUCAGAACAUGCCGUUGACAAAAGAAAGGCCAAAGGUUACGUUUCUCAAUGAGAUUCCUGGUGUGGUACAGUCCCUGGCUGGUCCUUCGCUCACUGGUAAAUCGACAUCGAUGUUCUUGAAGUCUAAUCCUCAGAAAUCGAAGAACGAAGGCCGUGCGAUCAGAAUGCCCAAGAAGGAUUUAUUGGAUUUACUUUUCCGUCUCUUCGAAGAGUAUGAAUAUUGGUCUAUCAAAGGUCUCAAGGAGAGGACCAAGCAGCCAGAAACAUACCUCAAAGAAUCCUUGGAAUCGAUUGCAAACUUAAUUAAAAAGGGGCCGUAUACCUCGAAGUAUCACUUGAAGCCAGAAUAUAGAAGAUUGAGGGAUGCUGAGAGAGCUGCAAAGCUUGGUAAUGAUGACGACAAGAAAGAUGAGGACGAUGAUGACGACAUGGAGGACGUCAUUUAA